UCCACGUCUUCGCUCCUCCUGUCCUCUGAGGACACUGUGGAGGACGGAAGUUGUUCAUGUUGCAGUAUUAAAUAAAGUUGUGGUGAUCAGAGUGUCCCUCGGCAGCACCAUGAGCGGCGGGGUCUGUCACAGAGUCCUGCGGGCGGCCGGCUGCUGUCCCGCGGCCUCCUCGGGCUGCUGGAGCCGGAUCUCGUCCUCCGGCCGCAGAGUCCCGGCCAGGUUCCGGUCUGAGCCCCGCAGAGGGCUGUCGGUGUCCGGCAGAGGCUCCAUGAACGUCUUCAACCGGGACAUGAAGAAGCAGCAGAAGAACUGGGCUGCGUCUCUGCAGGACGGACACCAGUACGACUACCUGCGGGACGAGGUCGGCAGUCGGGUGGCUGAUAGGGUUUAUGACAUCGCCCGGUGAGUUUUUAACGACACAGCUGUUUUUGUUUUUUCUUACUGAACACAGAUUUCUCACAGAGGGAGCUUUUCUCGCCUCUCUAACGCUGUGUCCUCCU